AUGGAUAACACUCAAUGGUUGGUUGGUAAUGGAAAGUUUGUUAACUUUUGGAUUGAUAAUUGGCUAGGUGAGCCUUUGGUUAAACAAUUCAACAUUCAUGAGAAGUUUCAUAACAUUUUAACUUCUAGGAUUUCUGACUUUUUGCAUAACAGUUGCUGGUAUUUUCCAGACAAUUUGUUAUCUGCCUGCCCUGAUCUUCUCUCAACGGUUUCCAUAAUUACUCCUGCUGGCACUGAUAUUGAAGAUGUCCUCAUAUGGAAGAAUUCGAACAAUGGGCAGCUUAGCCUAAAGCAAGCUUUCGAUUUUGUUCAAUGUCAUUGCCAGCGAGUGUCUUGGCAAUAUUUUAUGUGGAACACAUUCAUUCCACCAUCUCAAUCUUUGCUGGUGUGGAGGCUUUUAUACAAUAAGAUCCAAACUAAUGACAACUUAACCCUUAGGGGUUUCUCUUUUCCUUCGGUUUGUGAUCUUGGCCACUCUCAUCGGGAAACCUCUUUUCACCUGUUUUUCGAAUGCCCCUUAGUAAAAAAUUAUUGGAAUUGGCUAAAGAAUUUGCUGGAAACUCGAAUUAUAGUUCACAAUAUGCAAGAUUGUUUAUCUAUUCUUGCGGACAACUGGUCUCCUCAAGCCUCUACUGUUGUGGUGGCUUGCAUUGCUAAUGUGUUCUAUCAAAGUUUGGAGGGCUAG